CAGCAGCAGCUGCAGCUGCAGCUGCAGGAGGGUCGACAGCAGCAGCAGCAACAGCAGCAACAGCAGCAGCAGCAGCAGCAGCAGGAAUGGAAAGAGUUGCUUCAUUUGAAGCGUCUUCAAUCUCCCCCUCGAGCGGCCGAGAUGUCCCAACCACCACCAGCAGCAGCAGUAGCAGCAGCAGCGGCUGCAGCAGCAGCAGCAGCAGCAGCAGCAGCAGCAGGAGGGAGCUACCUUGGCGUGUAUCACAUCCUGAGUUUAUAAAGCAGCUGCUGCUGCUGCUGUCAGCAGAAAGUGCUGCUUCUACUGCAGUUCAGGUGUACGUGUUAGCGCUGCUGCUGCUGCUGCUGCAGCAGCAACCGGCAGCAACAGCAGCAGCAUUCACAACGCUGCAGCAAAGUAGAGAGGGACCUUUAAAUGCGUUUGCUGCUGUUUUUCAUGUAGUGGAGAAAACUGCUGCUGCUCUUCUCGCCCUCUGCAGCAGAGACUGCAGCAGAAUCGAAGCACAGCAGCAGCAGCAGCAGCAGCAGCAGCAGCAAGGCCCAGCUGUUGACGCAGCAGCAGCAGCAGCAGCAGCACAUUCCCCAGCUGCAGCAUCGCCUGCACUAGUUCCUGCUGCUGCAGCUGGAGCAGCAGCCACUGCAGCAGCUACUGCUGCUGCGGGGUCGAGGGUCUCUGCUGCCUCUGCUGCAGCAGCUGCUGCUACCGAAGCUGCGGCAGCAGCAGGUUCUGCUGGCGUUGCUUGCAACAGUGAGGAAGCAGCAACAGCAGCAGCAGCAGCAGGGGCUGAAUGCCGAUUGUUUCAAUUGCCGGUUGUUUCUUCGUUGCUGCUGCUGCUCGAUGCUAGCAGCAGCUUUUUGUCUCAUGUUGCUGCUGCUGCACCGCAGCAGUUGCUGCUGUUCCUGCUGCAGUCUGAAGGCAGCAGCAGACUUUUGCUGCUGCUGAAGCAAACAACGCAGCAAACAGAAGCCGCACAACAAGCCUGCAACAAACGUAUGCAGCAGCAGCAGCAGCUAAAGCAGCAGCAGCAGCAGCAGCUGUGGGGCUGGGAGGGCAGCAGCAGCAGGGAUUGUCUGUCUACAGAUAAUUCGGAUCUCAGUUGCUGCAGCAGCGACGAGGAAGAAGCACCUGCACCAGCAGCAGCUGCCGCUGCAGCAGCAGCAGCUGCUGCUGCUGCAGCAGAAGGAGC